AGGAUUUUAGUGCUCAGAAAUAAAGGCAUUGAGGAAACAGUGUGUGACAGGGAAUGAUGGGCGUUCAGCUGUGAUCUGUGUCUGAUGGAGACGCGAGCAGCAGCAGGAAACACUCACAGACACACUGAGAAAACAUGAAAAAGAUUUAUAUUGGGAAAACAGCACUAAAAGCACCAAGAAAUGGGUGUAAACAUCAGAAGAGAAGUUCGCUGCAGGAGCAGAAGGAGGAUCUGCGCAGACGUCUCGGCUGCACCACACACAAACUGCAGCAGCUGCAGAGCGAGUUCGAGUCCACGCGUCAGUAUCUGGAGACGGAGCUGCGACGAGCUCAAGACGAACUGGACAAAUUCACAGAGAAACUGCGCAGGAUUCAGAGCAGCUACGCGGCUCUACAGAGAAUAAAUCAGGACAUGGAGGAGAAAAUCCACCGAAUGACUCAACAUCACGAAGAGGAGAAGAGAUCUCUGAGUCGAGAGAUCGUCACGCUGAACAACCACCUGAUGGAGGCCAAGAUCACCAUCCAGAAGCUGCGAGAGGAUAACGAUUUGUACAGGAAAGACUGUAAUCUGGCGGCUCAACUGCUCCAGUGUGGAAAAUCUCCUUACAGAGCACACAAACUGUCUGAGCUUCCUGCUGAUCUUCAGGAGCGAGUGAGUUCCCACAUGGAGCAGCAGGAUCGCGGCCGGAGCACAGGGCUGCGACAAUCCUACUCAGAUGCCGUUCCCACCGCCGUCAUCGGCCGAAUCCUGGAGAAACCUGAGCCCGGGAGAAGCUGUCCGGUCACACGCUCGCCGAGCCCACAAGCCCCAGAAUUCCCAUCCGGCGCGGACAAAAUUCAGCGGCACACGCCGUAUAAGUCAUCUGACCUGUACUGCAGCGACACGGCACUGUACUGUCCCAACGAUGAGCGGCGGCGUGACCGCUGGCCGGAGAGACGGCAGAGCGCAGACCAGAACGGACGCAUCAAAGGACACACAUCCACCGAAAGCAACCUGGACAACGAGAGCUUCCCCCUGCAUGAAGACCCUUUCUCUGGGUUCAUCCUCAGAUCUCUUCCCGCCUCCAGCUGUUAUUCCAGCUGCAGCACAGCCUCGGAUGAGAAGGUUCACGGUCCGUCCUCCUCCCAGCAGGCUUUGUUCACCGAUUGGCGCGAUGGAGACUAUGAAUGCAAGAACUCAUCCUUGUAUGGAAAGGAACGUCUAGGUUUUCCCAAGUCGAGCAGCUUCCAGCACGUGGGCUCACAAAACGGCCAAUCCGGCUACAGUGCGUCCGGAGACAGUCGUGUCCACGUCCCUGCGGACGCGACGGACGGCUGGCGGCAGAUGAGCGUGGAGGACGUCAGCAGAUUCUCGCCCUUCAGUUUCUCAGAGUGCCACUUCACGCUCGGCCCCGCCAAGAUCAAACCAGGGCCCCUUUACAGCAGAUUCCAGGAUGGAGAAGACGUCUUCCGUAGGCGGGAUCUGCGAUUCCCUGCGUCGGUGGGAUCGAGUCCUGCACUGAACCCAAAGAUGAGUCUGAAUGCAUUGAAGGCUGAGAGAGGACGGAUGUUUCGCUCAAAGGGUUCGACAAGCAGCUUCUUCAUAACUGAAAACACCAAAGACAAGGAAAACACGACUAAAGACGUUUCACUGAGAGAUUACGCAGAUGAAAGUCCUGGCAGUUCAGCGGAGUCACUAAACCAGGAUCUGGACGUCCAGAAAUACAAGGACCAUCAAAACCCUGGGGCUCAGAAAAUGACACCACAGAGUCAAAAGUUUGGGAACGCUGGACUCAGUCGCAAAGACAGUCUGACUAAAGCACAGCUGUACGGAACGCUGCUUAACUAACAGUCAGUUAAAUGUACUGCAGUAAAGAGCAGUAAACACCUGAAGUGUGUCAUUUCUGCCUUGUCAAACAUUUGUACUGUCCCUUCAGCUCCUCAUCUGUCAUUGGUCAUUCACACAGAUAGUCCCGCCCCAAACUCACGUGAUUGGUUGAGUCAGAAGCUGAGCUGUUGAGCUGCUCAAACAAACAGAUCAAUGUUGUGUAUUUACACAGAGGACUACUGUUACAGUAAUAGCAGCAUCAAAGAAAAUAAACCAAAAAAAACCCCCAAAACAAAACAAAAAAAAACAAGUCAAUUAUUCAAGAAAUACCUAAAAUGAAUUAAGUCCCUUGUUUCAGGUUGCCCUGUUAUUUCUAUUUAUUUAUUUAUUUAUUUAGCUCAAAUUUCAGUCCAGAUUCUUAAUCUUUAAUUUUGUGAUUAAACAUUAUCCGUGUGGUGGCACAGAAACAAGAUAGUUCAGCUUAAAUGAAGACAAUAACUAAUUAAGCUUGUGAUUUUUCAGAUUUCUCUGUCUGACUCACCAAAUCUGAAUCAUUUUCUCUUUAGACAAAAUCAGAAAUGAACAACCAUAAAAGUCAUCAUCUAGUCCGUUCUUUUACUAAAGCAGCUCCUGUGUUUAAACAUUAUUUGAUUGUAAAUAUUUGUUAAUAUUUCAUCUUCAGGUGCUUUUACUGCAGAGUUUUUCUAGCUGCCAAAGUUUGUCAGUGAUAUUGAAGCUCUUCAUACACCAAUAUUUUUCACCUAACACUGUUUUUAUCUACAAGAUACACCAGGAAUGUACAUACAGUAUGUAAAUGAGCUGAAAUUAUGAUUUGUAUUGAUAUAUAGACCUCAAGUGAGUGAUGAGCUGCAGUGAUUUCAGCUGAACUCAUGUAAAAGCACUGUGUUCAUUCUUAGUCGUGAUGAAUGUUAAUAUAAUAGUAUGAGAACUCAACACACACACACA